GAGUGCCCGCAUGCGGCAUGCCCUACACGAUCGUCUCGUUGAGAAUGCACGUGGCACAGAGAUUUUGCAGCUGCAGAACCUGACAGUGGAGUCGGCGAUACCGUCCCUGGAGUUGGAGUCCUCCUGGUCCAGCCUGGCCAUCAUCCGGCAAAAG